UAGUUGUCAAUGAACAUGACAGGAAGAGGAUUUUGCGUUAAAAUACACCUCGAUCUUCAUGCUGUAUGUAUACAAUUAGAUAGUAAAAUUAUUAUGUUUUUUUUUCUUCUUUUUUUUUUUUCUUCUUUUUUUCUUCUUUUUUUCCAGGUAACUUGUCCUGGUGUCUGGCUAUGUCCAAAUGGAAAAAUAAUUUUAAAAAUAACUGCUCUGAAUUCAAAUACCGAAUCUCAUAGAAUUGCACCAAUUUUUCCAUUAUUAUAUAAUGAAAAAUUUACAUUUGAAAAAAUGUUUUCUUCUGUAGUUACUUUAACUGAAUUACAAAAUAGCUUGGAAGAAGAAUUCUUUUUUGCAGAAUUAAUACAAUGGAUUACACCUUCUGGUAGAGGAGUCAUUUUAGCUACAUUUGAAACAAAUUUAGUUGACUUAUUAUAUCCUACAUCGUCUUUCAAGGAUCGUCUAUUGGCUGGCGUAGAUAUAGAUUUGCUUAUGGAACCUACUAAAUAUUUUCCUGGUAUAAUAGCACCUAAAAUAGAAGUUUCUACGAAAACUAUUAUAGAAGGAAUCAUAGGUAUAGAUGACAUUAAUAAGUCAGCAAUACAUAUCAUUAAUCCAAAAACAAUUAAUUCAAAGAGUGCACCAUGCAUUCACAGAAAACGUCCGGUCAAGAGCAUUAUCAGACAAAAAAGAGUUUGCCAUAGUCAAGGAAUAAUUAGAGAUCGAAAUUAUCAAUUAUCUCAAGAAAAAACAAAUAAUAAAUAUCAUUCGUAUAUAUAUUCUCAGUAUUCUCCCGUUAAAAAAGUACAAUGUUCUAACAGUCAAUAUUAUUGUGCAGGAAAGAGAUUUGUUGUUUGUAAUUGUGAAUCAUGUGGUUCAGAAAAAAACAAAUCUGAACUGUUAACUGCGUAUAAUGACUUACAUAUUUAUGAUAAUUGUCCCAUUUGUUUGAAAUACAAAGAUUAUUUUUCUAAUCAAAAUAAUGUAACGGAUAACGCACAAAGUUAUAAAACUAAUAAUAAAAAUUAUUUGUUAAAAGACCAUCAUUACUGUAAAUGCAUUAGCCAGUUGUUUGAUGAUCAACAUCACAAUACUAUUUAUUCUCCAGACAAUGAACAUACAAGACAAAGAGAAUCAACAGUACCAAUACUAGGAUCGAAAGAACAAAUGGCAAUAAAUGAAACUUCUUAUCAUAAAUGUGAGCAAAAUCAAUUGAAGGAUUUUUAUAAAAAUUUGGAAAAAUUUUAUAAGAGAAUGUAUGAGCAAGCAAAAAUGCAUGCUGAAGGAAUUGGUGCAUAAAGUAUUUACUGCUAUUUGGUACG